ACCCUAGUUUCUCUGCACUGCAGUGCUUCCUCUCGCUUGGCCGCCGUCAUACUCUUCCACGCCCGGAGAGCAACCGAGUCGACCACCAUGACUAAGAGAACAAAGAAGGCAGGAAUUGUUGGAAAAUACGGUACCCGUUAUGGUGCUAGUCUGAGGAAGCAAAUUAAGAAGAUGGAAGUCAGUCAGCACAGCAAGUACUUCUGUGAAUUUUGUGGGAAGUAUGCUGUUAAGAGAAAGGCUGUGGGAAUAUGGGGUUGCAAGGACUGUGGGAAGGUCAAAGCAGGUGGUGCCUAUACUUUGAAUACUGCUAGCGCUGUGACUGUGAGGAGUACCAUCCGGAGGCUAAGGGAACAAACUGAGAGCUGAGCUCUACCGUUUUUGUGUUCUGCAGAUUUUAAGAUUUCCGCAUUCCUUAGCUAUGAGUUAAGAUAAUUUUUGGGCAAUGAUGUGCCCUUUCCCUGUUUCUCAUUUCUGUAUCUCAAGAAACAUUUGUGUUUUGUGGUAGGUUAAUGCAACUUGAUCUAAGAUUGAAGGAUGGUGUCAUUUGUUUUACUGUUGUCCUUAUCUUCUGGAUCUUGAAAUUUAGAGUUGAUGUUGCCUGUUUCUGAUCUCUUUCCUGACCAUCUAUGGUUGUGUAAUUGCUAUAUGGUUAAUAC